UUGAUUUCCCAUGAAAGAAAAUGUUAGAAAUAUACUUUGUCAUUAUAUCAUGAAGACUGAUUUUUUUUCAUUUUGACACUGUUUUCAUGCCAAAUAUUGCCUAUCAAAGAAGAAAUAUAGGUGAACAAAAUGUCUGAGGGUGAAUUUGGGGAGCAAGAAGGGAAGGGACUGAGAGGGUCACUGUUAUGCACAGAGCAAUUUGUUCAAAAUGGGAAUCUUGUAAGUGAGAUUGGAGCCAAAAAUAAUGUGUCUAUGCUCCACACUGUGAUCAUAGAAGAUGAGUCUGGGAAGAUCAUAGUGAAAGAAAGGGACUCUGGAAUUGCAAAAGGAGAAAAAGAGAAUGGAAACUAUUUUAUAGACCAAGUGUCUGCUUCACAUCAAUCACCUUUGGAUCCUCAUCAGUUUGGUUUCACCACCAUAUGCAGACACCUUCCGACCUAUUUCAGUGAUAUGAACACUGAUCUCCCUAUUCCAGAAACAGAGCUGGGCCAAGAACUGAUUGACUAUCCAAAGUCACAAAGCCAAGCAGAGUUAUACUGCUUUAACAUUACAGAAAAGGACACCCUGAAAGAGCAAAACAAUUUUCUUGCAGCAUGUUCCCCCAAAACAUCUCCUGCUCUUGGGGAAGUACAUAUACCAGAGCAGAUUGAGGAUUUGAACCAAAACCUAAGCCUGGAGUGUGCUACUCACAGAUCAGGCAAAUGUGCUACAGUUAACUACACAGGUCAGCAGACCAGGAGGCUUGCAUCAACUGUAGUGUCCAAAGGCAAUCCAGAUGGAACCAAGGGAAAAAAGUGUCCACCAGAAACUCCCGAAGAACCUGUUCCACCUACCCGGAAAAAGUCACGUACAUUCUACAGUGCUGGACAGCUAGAUGAGCUAGAGAGAAUGUUCCAGGAAGACCAUUACCCUAACAAUGAGAAGCGCAGAGAAAUUGCUGCUGCUGUUGGUGUGACACCACAGCGGGUUAUGGUCUGGUUCCAAAACCGCAGAGCAAAGUGGAGAAAAAUAGAAAAAUUGACAGUGAAGGGGAACCAGAAAUGUUCAGUUACAGCAUCAGCUUUGUCGAUAGGCCCUCAACCAAGUUCUCAAUGUACAACUUUGCUGCCUGUGCCCCAGCUGUCUAGUAGUGUGCAUGAUCGAUCCACUGUACUCAUGACAGGAACUGCAACUAUCAACUAUUCCAGUAUGCUUAGUGGACAGGCUGCUCCACUGGCUUCCAUUUCAGUUACUGGCAGGACAACUCCAUAUGAAUCUUUUCAGACAAAAGCCCAGGGAACAUUUGGUACCCUCAAGGAAGAACUCCUUCCUGCCAUUCCAAGCCCCCCACCAAUCCGCAGGGCCAGCCUCCCACUCAGCAUGGUUUUUAACUCAAACAGUCACAUUGUUCCAUUGACCCCUAGCAGUGAAUACAGCCCAUCCAGCCAGGAAAACAGCUCCAGUGAGGCCUUCACUUACAACAUCCAAACCGAAAGUAUCAAUUCACCUGUGCACUGCAGUUUCCCUGAACAGCUGGAACCUACAGCCAACCUAGAAACCUCAUAUUAUCAGCCAAGUACCCAGUCUGGGGCCUACCAAUUUUGCCAGUACCCGCAACAUCAAGUGUCCCAGUUACACCACUUCCCAAUCCAGCUCACUGGCAAUGCGUUGCCCAGUGUCCACCUCACACCAGCUACACCCAGUAAAUCCAGCACAGCAAUUUUCUCCCUACCUGGCAACAGUAGUCUUUUGACAUAUGGAACAACAGAGGCUCCUCGGGGGUAUCUGCAGAAUCACUUAAGAGGACAGCUUCUAAUACAGCCAUCAACUGGGAGCUCAGGCUACAUCCCUGCAUUCCAGGCAGUGCCCUGGAAUGAAUUUUAUCUUCAUGGAACUUCAUUUGCCAAUCAACUUUGCUCCGAGAUGCCAUUUUUCAGCUCAGGAGGAGGUUGUUAUUCUGCUGAGCAGGCAGAAUACAGUGAGAACCAGAGUGUGCCACCUGGUUCCUGUCUGCUUUAUGGUCCCAAAGCUGCAGUGCCAGCAUUAUUCCCAGCCAAACAACUGACAGCAGCAGAUCCAAAUGCAAACUCUGACUACCAGUCACAGGUAGAACACACAGUACCCCUUGAGAAGCACUCUGAUGCUGACAACAUCCUGAAAGAUGAACAAAAUGUUGCUGGCGGAAGAAAGGGACAAAUGAUGCCUGUACUGUAAAGGGCAGUUAGUCUGUGCUGGAACAGUGUCUGAAAGAAAUGCUGUAUAUUUUCAGUGACAUUCAGAAGCAGCAGAAUCCCUAGAGCCCAAGCGGACCCCAUUUACUACAAGCUGAUUUUGGAUCCUCCUGGGCAAGAAGGAGAAUAAGGAUUUCUUGUUCUACCUAAACCUUUUUUGAGCAACAAGACCUUCCUGGACUCAAGAAUGUUUUCAUGUGAGUUCUUAGUUCUGAUGCCUUUGUCUUUACUUCUGGCUAUAUUGCACCAUGGCUCAGCCCUCUCAUUCAGGCUCAUUACAUGGACAUAGAAUCAAAGGCUUUAUACUAACAAGCAAGUGGGCAAGCACUGAAGCUUUGACCUUAAUCUUGACCAAGACACUUCCCUCUAGAUCAAAGGGCAAUGAAAAUGAAUGGGAGGGAGCGGAUUCCACAGGCUGUUAAUCGGGUAGGACAUCUGUUUUUCAUUCAGUGGGUCUCAAAUUUUAUUCCCAUCUCCUUGAACAAAUUUUCUGCCUUCUGGGAAGAAUGGAAAAUGACAAACCUUUAACUGACUGUCUAUACAUGCAUUUUCAUUUUCAGUAGAGAGACAUAAUAGAGAGACAUUGUUUCUAUGUUUCUAUAAUAUACUUGCAGGCUCUUCUGAGUGGUUCUGCUGUUUAAAAAAGAUUAAAUGUCUAUAAACUGUGUGCAUGUGGGGAGGAGAUAGCUACUUUUUAGUUGUCCUUCCCCCCUUGCUUUGCAUGUUAGAAACAGAGGAACAGAGCAAGUCAGAAGGGGUC